AUGGAGCGGCUCUGCGCGCAGAAGUGUAAAACAUACCGGAGAGAGCCUGCUGAAGUGCCCAAAACCGCAUCCAUUGACUUUGCCCCCCCUGAAGACUGCAUGCUUUCCCCCAAUUUGCUCACCUUGCUGGCCCCCCCCGAGAUCAGCGACCUCUCGCAUGCAGGACAGCCGAUCGGUCAUAUUGCAACGAAAAGUGGCGGCCAAGGACAGCACUGCCACAAGUGUCAUCGGUUCAUGUGGCUGGUGAUGCAACUGUGGCACAUGAUGUGGCUGAACGCCGAGGUCCCGACCAAACUGACAGCGGCGAAACCUGUUUUGAGGAUCCCCGCCAUGGAGACACCCAGAUGCCUAGCGGCUUGGAGACUUGGGAAGCUUCGCACUGAACGGGCAAGACGGGCACCCGAACCCCGACCUGAUACCCGCGACGCCGGUGCUGAGAAUCCGACGGCUGGUCUGGUGUGCGGCCCUCUCAAGGAUGACCGGCACGGGAAUCCCACCAACAUUCCUCGUCGGCCUGAUGCAGGGCUGCCAUAG